CAGCAGCAAAGCUAACCUCAUAGCCUGUAAAAUGAGUUUCUUUUUACCAAAACUAACGAGUAAAAAAGACAUAGACGAAGUGAUCAAAGGUGUAGCGGAGAAAGUUUUAGUUCUGCGGUUUGGAAGAGAUGAUGACUCAGUUUGUCUCCAGAUCGACGAGAUCCUGUCAAAAACUGCUCACGAUCUGAGUAACAUGGCAUCCAUCUACAUCGUUGAUGUGGACAAAGCUCCUAUUUACACCAGAUACUUUGACAUCAGCUACAUUCCCUCCACUGUGUUCUUUUUUAAUGGACAACACAUGAAAGUUGAUUAUGGCUCUCCAGAUCACACUAAGUUUGUUGGCAGCUUUAAAACCAAACAGGAUUUCAUAGACCUGAUCGAGGUGAUUUACAGAGGAGCCAUGAGGGGGAAAAUGAUUGUCCAGAGUCCCAUAGAUCCAAAGAAUAUUCCAAAGUAUGAUCUCGUCUACCAUGGGAUUUAGCUUCAUUCUUCCAAGGCCAAAUAUUAAAGAGACUUGUUAUUCUGUUGACUGAAAAAGCCACCAAAUCCUCCUCUUAUGUAUUUGAUGGAAGUUGCUGGAAACUGUUUCAGUAGUUUAUAGUGUUGCCUUGUGUUCAUUCUGUUUUAUCUAGAAUAUUUAUUUUUAUUUCAUUCCUAAUGUGACAGCAAUUGUGUGGAUGAGGAUAUUGUUUCCUUUGUUAGAGGCAGAAGUUAUGUUUCCCAUGGAAAAUAGCCACUGACCAGCUAAAGAACUUUAAAUGUAUCUGUAGUAUAGUAAUAAUAAAAAAAAAAAAAAAAAAAAAAAA